UUGUAGACUUAGAAAUUGCAAUCAAAAAUAAUAUGAGGGAUUCAUAAAUACAUUAUUAUCCAAGAAGGAAGCAUAAGCCGAGGCCAAGAGACACUAACCAAAUCCUACUUCAGUCAACCACACACUAAAGCCUGUAGCGAACGCUGGUACCAUUGGAAACACAGUGCGCAUUCUCACAUUCGGCGGACGGAACGGGACGAACACUCUGGGAUUCACAUCACAAUAAGUCAUGCCACGAGGAAAACGCCGAGCAGCAGAUAUUGGCGACAACAUGGAUGGUCAAUCGAAGAGAGCCCGUACCAGCUAUGCCAGCAUACCGACACAACAGAGCAGCAGGCGCCAUAUCAGAGCGGAGGAUGGCUUCAGCCAAAAACGUUGCUUAACAUGGUUCCAGGAAUACACCACUCCAGAUGAACCAGAGACAUUGGGUCCCGAUGGGAUGGAAAAAUUUUGCGAAGAUAUCGGUGUGGAGCCCGAGAAUAUUGUGAUGCUGGUGCUGGCCUAUAAAAUGGGUGCCACCCAAAUGGGCUUCUUUAGCCAGCAGGAGUGGCUGAAAGGCCUCACCGAGAUCGACUGCGAUUCUGCAGCGAAAAUGGUUGUGAAACUGGACUAUCUGCGCAGCAUACUCAACGAUCCAAACUCCUUCAAGAGUAUCUACAGAUACGCCUACGAUUUUGCCAAGGACUCGGAUCAACGAAGUAUGGAUAUUGUCACGGCCAAGGCCAUGCUUCAGCUGCUUUUGGGCAAACACUGGCCGCUGUAUCCGCAGUUUGCACAGUUUCUAGAGCAAUCAAAGUACAAGGUGAUCAACAAGGAUCAGUGGUGUAAUAUCUUGGAGUUCUCGCGCACCAUCUGCAUGGAUUUGUCAAAUUAUGAUAUUGAUGGGGCAUGGCCUGUCAUGCUAGAUGAGUUUGUCGAAUGGCUGCGCCUGCAACGGAGCCUGGCCAACUCCAGUUCUGGACCGUCCAGCUGAGAGAUGCUGUAUAGAGUCGCCUAUUUCUAGUUCAACUUUUGGGAGCUCAGUGCGGAGGCGUUCGCGGAGGAAAUGGGAUGCGAUGGGGAAAUGGAUGAGUUGAGAGAUCGGCGGAACUAUAAGACACAUCCAGAAUCACUCACUCACAAGCCCACACCACACACCAUACCCACACAGGCACACACACUCACACACAAUCACACACAGUGAAAAAAAAGCAUUUGGAGAGACUGCGUACACUGGCAAAAGCAACCACUAUGAAACUAAACUAUUGAUAAUAUAUUUAAUGUAAUAAUUUAUGUAUUAACGACAACUAAAAACUAAAACCACAAUUUUCUACUUGUAAGGCGUCCUUUGAAACGAAAACAAAAAGAAAGAACAAAAAAAAA